ACUAUUUUUUUCUUGGCUGUUAUAUGGUGAUAUAUCGUUGUUGGUUUCGCUAUUUGAUUUGCUAGUAAUUUAGUGUUUAUGGAGAUUUUCUAGCGUUUGAGUUGGUGACUUAAAUCAUAGUCACGUAGUGGGUUAGGUUUAUGGCUGGAAUUGGGUUUUCUCUAGGAGACGCGUGGAUACAUGGGUGCAGAAUUUAUGGACCGGGAACUUCGCGUGCUUGAUAUGAGUUAGGAUUAGCUAGCGUCUGCUUAGUUUGUAUUUUUCGAAAUUGAUUUUUCACUUUUUAAGUCAUCGUUAAUCCGAUAUAUCCGUCAGUUUCGUUUCAAUGCUUCGAUUUGAAGACGCUGUGCAUCUUGUAAUCUUCACUUGAACGAAGGAAGGGACAAGAAACUAUCGACUUGAAACAGUUGACUUUUUGGAAUUCUAUUGAUUGUUCUGAGUAAUUGUUUCACUUUGUUAGGAAUUAGAAGUUCCAUAGAUCAAGUAGGAAAGAAUGCAGAAUCUUGUUAGUUGAAGAUAGUAUCAAUUGUUGCAUGUCGUUGCUUGUGCUUGUGUUUCUACGCUUGUGCAUGGCUGUCUUUUAGGGUAUUCUAUGUUUGGUAGGAUUGAAAUGAGCGGGUGGAGAAUGGUAAAAUUUUCGGCGGCAUAAUAUAAGUCUAAAAUCGGAGAUUCCAGCAGUCAUAUAGCAGAACCAUUAUGGGUUGUGGCUGCUUUGGAGCCUCAACUAUAAAGAGGAAAAGGAGUCCUACUCAUAAUCCUAAUGACGUUGAUGGCGUUGCACUUGAUAAUGUUAAGAAUUUCUCUGAUAAAGAACUAAGGGUGGCAACAGAUAAUUAUGACUCAAGGAAGAAGAUAGGAAGGGGAGGUUUUGGAACUGUUUACCAGGGAACCUUGAGGGAUGGAAGACAAGUAGCAGUGAAGACCCUUUCUGCAGGAUCAAGGCAAGGAGUCCCUGAAUUUUUGACUGAAAUCAAGACUAUAUCAAAUGUUAAGCAUCCAAACCUUGUUGAAUUGAUUGGUUGCUCUGUUCAAGGAUCUAGUCGUAUUCUGGUGUAUGAGUACGUGGAAAAUAACAGCAUUGAUCGUGCAUUACUUGGCACAAGAAAUACAGGCAUCAAACUGGACUGGAGAAGAAGAUCUGCAAUUUGCAUGGGUACCGCUAGGGGUCUUGCAUUCCUUCAUGAGGAACUUGUUCCACACAUUGUGCACAGAGACAUCAAAGCUAGCAACAUACUACUUGACAAAGACUUUAACCCGAAAAUAGGGGACUUUGGGUUGGCUAAAUUAUUCCCUGAUGACAUCACUCACAUUAGCACUAGAAUUGCUGGGACAACCGGUUAUCUAGCACCCGAAUAUGCAUUAGGUGGUCAGUUAACCAUGAAGGCUGACGUAUACAGCUUUGGAGUUCUUGUACUGGAAAUAAUUAGUGGCAAAAGCAGUUCAAGGGCAAAUUGGGGGGGAACCGACAAAGUCCUCUUGGAAUGGGCUUGGCAACUUCAUGAAGAAGGGAGACUUUUGGAGCUAGUGGAUCCCGAGAUUGGAGAAUUUCCUGAAGAAGAAGUGAUUAGGUACAUGAAGGUAGCUUUUUUCUGCACACAGGCGGCAGCAAACAGAAGGCCACUGAUGUCCCAGGUUUUGGAUAUGCUGUCCAGGAAAAUCCGGCUCAAUGAGAAGGAGCUAACAGCGCCAGGAUUCUUCCAGAAUUCAGGAGAAUCCUCUAAAAAGAACGUAUCCACUGCGUCCACUAGCAAUCAAACUCAUUCUCUACCCCCCACUAUUACUGAGGUGACCCCUCGAUGAAGCCUUUAUUGAUAUAAUUCCCAUUGACCCUAGUGUUGAAUGCAAAGUUCACAGAAGAAACGAGAUUUUUUCCUUUGUAAUUCAGUAGGAGAGAAAUGUCAAGGAGAGGGAAGUCUCCGUCCCUUUUUUUUUUUUGCCUUUUGUUCCCCUUUGUCUAUUCUUUUUCUUUUUGUGAAAUGAAAAGCAUAUUGAAAUUCAAAACAAACGGUGCAUAUUUAGUUAAUCUUGUGCAGAUUUGCAUUAAGAAAACAUGUAAUUGAGAGAUUACGUGUUGACUGGUAUGUGUACAACACACAGCACGAGGGACUGGAACUUAUUCUAAUUUCUAAUAAUGAAUCAAGAAGUCAUAGAAAUGAGAUAUUUGGUUGAAA